ACGAGGCUCAGAGGUCUCCGAGACUGCAGAGGCUGAUCAUUUAGCCUCAGUCAGUGUGUGCAUGUGUGUGGACUGUGCUGGCAAUUUUUGUGGUCUCCUGAAAGGACUUUUCUCUGGUUCCAUGAAGACUCCAGUUCUUCUGUGUGUCCUGCUCUUUUCUCAGAGCUGGGCUUUCGAGUUUAUCAUCGAUGGCGAGUGGGAAAGUGAAACAUCAGGUCCUUUGGAUCAGUACCACCAUUCUGGAAGAUACAGGAGAAACGUUUUGACCAGUGAAGAAGAAGAGGAUUUUGAGGUAAUUCAGGGCAAUGACAUCACAGUUAAGAGCUAUAAGGUGGAGAGCAGAAUCACAUCGCGGUUCACUCACACCACAGUCAAGAGCUCUGUGGUCAACUCAGGCCCCAACGCCCAGAGCAUCGGCUUCAACGUGGAGAUCCCCAAACGGGCCUUCAUUAACAACUUCACCAUGAAUGUCAAUGGGAUCACAUUCACCGGCUCAGUGAAGGAAAAGUCAGUGGCACGGAACCUUUACGCUCAAGCAAGAGCUCGUGGGAAAGCAGCAGGCAUUGUCAGGACUAACUCUCAAGCAAUGGAGACCUUUAGGACGGAGGUGCAUGUUCCUCCAGGCAGCAAAGUGGAGUUUGAGCUGCACUAUCAGGGAAUGAUGCAGAGGAAACUGGGCGUCUACCAGCACACACUACACUUACAACCUGGACGCCUGGUUCCACUGCUGCAGGUUGAUGUGUAUAUAUUUGAGCCCAAAGGUAUCAAGUUUGUCACGGCCUCUAACACACUGGGAGAGCAGUUUUCAGAUUUGACCAAAAUCACCCACACAAAAGAAAAAGCCCACCUUGUGUUCAAACCAACUUUGCAGCAGCAGCGCAAGUGUGAAAACUGCACUGAAAGUGCAGUGGAUGGCGUGUUUACUGUGACGUAUGAUGUGGAGAGAGAGAGCAAUGCUGGAGAACUUCAGGUGUCUGACGGUCAUUUUGUUCAAUUCUUUGCUCCAUCUGAUCUAUCUCCUCUCUCCAAAAACAUUGUUUUUGUCAUCGAUGUGAGUGGAAGCAUGUGGGGGCUGAAAAUGAAACAGACAGUGGAGGCAAUGAAGGCUAUUCUAGACGAUCUGUCAAUGGAUGACUAUUUCAGCAUCAUAGAUUUCAAUCACAAUGUCCGUUGCUGGAAUGAAGAUAUGGUCCAAGCUUCCUCCAUCCAGGUGAACGAAGCUAAAAAGUACAUCCAAAGCAUCAAGCCUAAUGGAGGCACCAACAUCAAUGAGGCUUUACUGAGAGCAGUGCAGAUGCUGUUGAGAGCUUCCAAUCAUGGAUUGAUCGACCCUCGUUCUGUGUCUAUGAUCAUUCUGGUGUCUGAUGGAGACCCGACAGUGGGAGAAAUAAAGCUGAGCACUAUUCAGAAAAACGUGAAACGUGUGAUGAGGGAGGAGUUUUCUCUAUACUCUCUUGGUAUUGGUUUUGACGUAGACUUCGACUUCCUGGAGCGAAUUGCUAUGGACAACAGAGGCAUCGCCCAGAGGAUUUAUGCCAAUCAUGAUGCCGCAGACCAGUUAAAGGCAGAAGUUGGCUACAUGAACAUUUCUUUCUUGCGUUUCCCAUUAAUCGUACUCAUUUACUUUGCCUCUGUGGAUUUCCUCUCAUGUAGCUCUCUAGCUCCUACUGCGAAUAAGAAGCGUAGGAUCACCCAGAGGAUCAUGGCCCUGGCUGUGGAGCAUCAGUUUGUGACCCCUUUCACCGCCAUGCUGGUGGAGGGUCAUGACCAGGGGGGGGCAGAACGACUGAUCGCAGACUCACCCAGAGACUCCAAACAUGGCUGCUGCUCAACCACUGCUCCCUUAUCUGGACCACGGCCGGUGCAACAGUUACUCUAUGCAAAACCUCAGUGGAUUCAGCCUACUUAUGCUCCAAAUCAAGAAGCAAUUGGAACGCUUGAAAGUACCAUUAUAACCAGUGUGGACAAUGACCCCCACUUCAUCAUUCACUUACCCAAAAGUAACAUGGACAUCUGCUUCAACAUUGACUCCAAACCCGGACACAUCCUCAACCUGAUUUCAGAUCCUGGAACAGGAGUCACAAUCAACGGUCAGUUGGUUGGGUCUAAGAAGAUGAAGAACAACAAAAUAGACACAUAUUUCGGCACCAUCUCCAUAUACUCUAAAACACACAGUGUGCAGGUUAUAGUAGGAACCAACAGAAUCGACCUGAUGGAAGGCAGGAACAAUCAUUCCUUCUCUUGGGGAGCCACAGCUGAGCUGGUGCUGGACAGGAUGAGGGUCACCAUAGUGAAAGAGGAACAUGUUACGGUGACAGUUGAUGGGAAGAUUUCAGUGAUGGUGCUUUUGCAUCGGGUGUGGAAGAAGCAUCCUGUGCAGGUGGACUUCCUGGGCGUUUACAUGUCUAGCGACAACAAAUACUCCACACGGGUUCAUGGUCUCAUUGGUCAGUUUGCACAGGAACCAGAAGUAAAGGUGUACGGCGUGCACGAGGGAGCAGAUCCAAAGAAGAAAGAGGCCACAAUGGAGGUGAAAGGCAACAAAGUAGCUGUCACCAGGGGCUGGCAGAAGGACUACAGACGUAACAAGAAACGAGGUUCAGAUGUCUACUGCUGGUUCAUCCAUAACAGUGGGAAAGGCUUCAUUGACGGCAGUUACACCAGUUAUAUCCUGCCUCAGCUGGACAGCUUCCUGACCGCCAUCUGAGAGCAAGAGUGUGGCAGCUAGCUUAGGAGACUUGCUAAGAGAGAAAAAGAGGCUGAUUGGUAGAAAUCUGUUGUUUUAUACAAGCAAUAAGAAGCAAAGGAAACUGAAACAUUUGCCAUAAAAAAAAAAAAAGAUUUUUAAUACUACAAAAAAAUAUAUACAAAACACAGAAAAACAGUGCUGUACAUCAACCAAUUGAACUGAAAUUAUUUUAAAAUGAAAGCCAAUUAAACUAAUUAAUGUAUUAUAAGA